CUAAAGAAGAAGACUCUCCGCGUCUGUCAAGGAGGAGGCCGGCGCAACAUGGCGGGGUCCAAGGUGAAGCAGGACAUGCCUCCUCCGGGAGGAUAUGCAGCCUUUGAUUACAAGAGAAAUCUUCCGAAGCGAGGACUUUCGGGUUACAGCAUGUUUGGAAUCGGCAUCGGCAUCAUGGUGUUCGGCUACUGGCGGCUCUUCACCUGGAACAGAGAGAGGAGGCGCCUGCAGGUGGAGGAGCUGGAGGCCAGGAUAGCGCUGAUGCCGCUCCUGCAGGCGGAGCACGACCGAAGGACUUUAAGGAUGCUGCGGGAAAACUUGGAAGAGGAGGCAGUCAUCAUGAAAGAUGUGCCAGGCUGGAAGGUCGGUGAGAGCGUCUUCCACACGGACCGCUGGGUCAGCCCUCUGACGCAGGAGCUCUUCAACCUCCGGCCACGCGAAGAGUUACUGCACAAGCGUUUUGGCUUCCUGUGGUACGUGUGAUUCCAGCUGAGACGACGAUCGCCGAACGCCAUCAGCUCCCACAGGGCCCGAGCCCUCGCUCACGUCAGCUUGUAAAUGUUCAAUAAUAAAGUAUCUUUUUUUCUGUA